CACGGCUUCAAACGUUGUUGCUCUAUCGUGUUUGGACCCCACAUUGCUCCGUUGUUUUAUUCUCCUUCUCUUCUAUUUGUUGAAAUGUGAUCCUCUCCCCAGAUUCCCCCCUAUCAAAUCACUCAUUCACUCAGCCCUGGCCUAAAAAAAUCUCCUCAAGGAAAAGAACAGAAUAGUGCUUAUUACUAUCUUUUUCACCUCCUGGGUCAUGAUAUUUAUGUUUCUUGUGUUGUGUUUUGCUAUAAAGAUUUGAUCUUUUUGAGGUGGCGCAUUCUGGGUCUUUCUCCAAAUCAACCAUUUCAUGUUCUUCUCCAAGAACCAGGCAUUUGGUUGUUGUUUAGCUCUGGUUGAUGCUUGGCAUUCUUGAAAAGUCUAAUUCUGGGAAUGUGGUGGUGGAAUUGAGAAAGGGGAAGAUGAGAGGUGGGAAAGAAGAAGAGAAGAAGAUGGAUCCUAUAUUUCCCAGGCUGCAUAUAAAUGAUGCAGAGAGAGGAGGGCCAAGGGCUCCUCCAAGGAACAAAAUGGCUCUUAGUGAACAGCCUGCAGUUUCCCUGCCACCCCAGAGGCUCAAUCCUGACCUUCCAUCAAUCUCAAUGCUGCCUCUCCCUCCUGCCAAUUCCCCCACUUCAAUCCCUGGACCAUCUUCCAGCCAUGCUGGUUCGACUGAGAAAAUGUUCCCUCCUUUCUGCUAUCCGCCCGGCUCGUCUCACUGGACUGGGAUGUCUCAUCCCUACUCUAGUGGCAUUCAUUUUGCAGCUGGUGAACCGAGUUUUGCAACGCCAAGAAAUCCUCCAGAUGUAGCGCCAAUGGCAUCUCUGAAUUAUCAGUGUUUUAGCGUUAAAGGGCACUUGCCUAGCUCUGAGUGUAUACCGUUUCAGCCUUGCAAUUUACCAUACUCUAGUAAUAGCUUUUCUGGUGUGAAGCUUGGAAAUGGUGGUGAUUUUAGUGUUCCAGCAUUUCAUCAAAUAGGGAAACAUCUGAAUUGUGGGAAUGUACAGCAAAACGGGGAGAAAGAAAAGGAUACGUUCUCGAGCUCCAACUCUUAUCAGAAGUUUCGUUGUAGUUCUGAAAAAGAGACGGGGGGAGAACUCAAGUUGGGGGAGCGGGAGCAUCCCACAGAUCGAGUUAAAGAGAACCUCGAUAUGAACCAAACAAGGAAGCACCACGCAGCAAAAGAACCUUCUUUCGUGCCAUCUACUAGGGAGAAGUCUUUGAUCAAUGUAGAUUCAAGUUCAGUAGCUAGAACUAGAUCAGAGUUUCAAGAUGAAUGUAGGGUUCUGCAAGAGAACAAGGCCAAUGGAGAUGGUGAAUAUGAGAAGUCUGCUAAAAAGAGAAGUGCUUCCAUGAUGGAAGAUCUUUCAUGCUCUCUUCGGCCACCAGGAGACGAAAAAAGAAGACCAAAUGGGAUAGAAUUUGUAAAUAAAUGCCCUGAUGAGCAGGACCAUGGAUCUUUUCAAGCUGACAGAAACGAGGAAACCUCAGAUGCCUCUGCAGUAAACUCAACAUCUGUUGUAAAUUUAUCCCCCAACGAUAUCGUAAGAAUGCUAGGUCAAAAACUAUUCUGGAAAGCAAGGAGGACCAUUCUGCAUCAGCAAAGGAUCUUUGUGCUACAGAUUUUUGAGCUGCACAGGUUGAUAAAGGUGCAGAGAAUGGUUGCUCGUUCACCAGAGAUAUUAUUCGAAGAUAACGUGUAUACCAGCAAACCUGCAAUUUCGAAGAAGAAUUUACUAUCCAAUAAUGCUCAGGAACCUCGUACCCUGGUUGUUGAACCAAAGGCGGAUUCUGAAAGGCCGAAGGCCAGUAUGGGGGGUGGAGCAGACAAAACAAGCGAGAAAACGCUUCCUGUCUGCAGUGAUACUCACAAGAGGAACUCUCCGCAGCAGGCAAACCAAAGCCCUUAUCCCGGGAUGCCAGCAUUGACAUCUCCGGCUCCUGAAGCAAAAUCGGGGCCUUGGUGCUUCCAGCCCCCGCCUGGAAAUCAGUGGCUAGUUCCUGUCAGAUCGCCUUCAGAAGGGCUCGUUUACAAACCGUAUUCUGGUCCUUGUCCUCCCCCGGGGGGGAUAUUGGCGCCUCUUUAUGGCGGUUGCAGGCCGCUAAACCUGUCAGGUGUUGGCGGGAACUACCUGAACACAACUUAUGGUAUGGUGACUUCUAACCAACCAGGAAUUGGGAUUUUCUCCACCCCUCCUGUUGGUCAGGCCUACUUCCAACCAUACCCCAUGCCCGUGAUGAACCCCUCGGGCUCAACCUCAGCUAUCGACCUGCUGAGCCCUUUUGCCCGAGCUCGGUCUAGCCCCUGGGAGAUUGUCCCAUCCAUACGCGACAACAACAACACUCCUUCGGCCAGACCAUACGAAAAAUCAUGCAACAUUUCAAGCCAGAAGAGCGGGAUCGUAUCAAAUGGUGCUCAAAGUUUGCAGACAGACCGAGGGAGUGACCUGCAAGGAAGCACUGCAAGUAGUCCUUCUGAGAGGGACGCGCUUUCCCUCUUCCCCACCACGCCAGCCACCGACGCGAAUCAGAUCCCGGAGCAGCGGAUUCAGGUGAUCAAGGUUGUGCCUCACAACCCCAACACAGCACCCGAAUCUGCAGCUCGAAUCUUCAAGUCCAUUCAAGAAGAAAGGAAACAACACUGACUUAUAACCCUUUGCUUUGCAGUGACAACCCUGUAAGAAUUUACUAAAAAAAAAUUGUCCGAAUUGGACACGGGUCUUCCCAAGAUGUUUGAAUUUCUAGGAGGUUCUAACAUUCUUGAAUGGAGUACAAAAUCAUUUUCACCUUUCACCUGGCAAACAUCCCCCUAGGUUCUUCCGCUAGCACGCUACCAUCCCUGUCUAUAACAUAACACAUUCUAUAAAACACGGAUCCCGUUAUGAAGUUUCUUUCUUUGGAUCAAUCAGUGUCUGCGCCGUUAUAUCAAGGUAAGAGGCGAAAAUCAAGCGACAAAGCAGAAAAGGUGUGAAAUCAAGAUUCCGUUUUAUAGUUCAAACCUUUUACACCGCAUUUGGUUCCUUCAUAAAUCGGUUCUCUUUAUGGCAACCAUACUCAUCAUUUAUUGAGCUAAGAGAGGGAGAGAGUAACUCCCGUUUUGACAAAUUGGCAAGUGAAUGCGCCGCAGAAUCUUGGAAAUUGGACGUUUACUUACUUGAUUCUGGCAUUUCGAGCAUCAGCUUCAUGUCUGGUGAAUGCUGUCUGGAUUUUUAUGAUCUGGGUUGAGAAAAAGUUUCAUUCUUGAUUGGCUAAUGCUCCCUGAGGUGAACAGAAUUAGAGUUUCAGAUCUUGUUCUAUUAUUGCUGUGGUUGUAUUUCUGAAGCUUUGCUUUUUUGAAUCUAGUGUUGUAGAUCAAAUGUCUCUGGUGAUUUCCCAUCUACAAUUGGUGAUUUGCAGGUUGAGAAAACCUAGUUUUCUUACAGAUUUGGAACUGUUGCCCUAAAGAAAAGAAGGGAUUACUCAGCAUUUAAAUG